CGUACUUCACGCUGUGUGCUUGUCAGUGAAUUAGAGUUGAUUAAAAUGAUUAUGAUUGCUCGGUGAACUCGACGGAGGACCUUUUGUUUCUUCUCGAGGAAUCCGGAAUUAUCUUGGACAUCGUACGCGGAAGUAUCGCUCUUAUGAUCGGCCGAUGGAUCAACACGCGAAGAAAAGUCGUGUAUUCGAGUAUUGGCCGGUGAUUCGCAAAAGGAAAGCUAACAAGGAUGAACCAUGCGAAGGUACAAGAAAACCGCUUUGGGCACAAUAAAAUUCGUCGCAGACAACUAAGAAAAAGCAGCUCACCACCGAAUAAAAUGGUGGGAUUAGGCAGCGACGAGCUAUUUAUUUCGACUGAUAUCAACAAUAUGGAAUUGGAGAUCAACUCUGAAGAUGAGAGCGAUGAAAACGAAAAGGGCGAUAUACAGCGACUGAUACCGUCGGACAGCGAGAGUGUCGUAUUUAGCAGCGGAAAAAAGGACAAUCAAAGGAAUGAGGUGGAAAAUGCGGACGAUGAAACCGUCUGGUCUAUAUCCAUCCAGAUGUUUAUACCCUUCCUACUUGCCGGCUUCGGCAUGGUUGCCGCUAGUUUGCUGCUAGAUGUGGUGCAGCAUUGGCCAGUGUAUCAAGUGGUAUCUGAGGUAUACAUAUUAGUUCCUGCGUUACUGGGUUUAAAGGGAAACCUGGAGAUGACAUUGGCCUCCAGAUUGUCGACCCAAGCUAAUCUGGGUCAAAUGGAUACGACGAAACAACAAUGGACAUUGGUUAUGGGAAAUUUAGCUUUAAUCCAAUGUCAGGCUAUGGUAGUUGGUUUGCUGGCGUCCUUAGCGGCCGUGAUCCUUGGUUGGAUUCCGGAAGCUCACUUCAAUAUUCACCAUGGACUCUUAUUGUGCGCCAGUGCCUUGAUCACCGCUUCCGUAGCCAGUUUCUUUCUGGGCCUCGUGAUGGUUGCAGUCAUAUUAUUGUCGCGACGAAUGAACAUCAAUCCUGACAAUGUCGCUACGCCGAUCGCGGCUUCCUUAGGAGAUCUAACUACUUUAGCUCUUUUAUCCUGGAUCGCUUCUAUAUUAUAUAAAGCAAUAGGUAGCGCUCCGUGGACAGCUCCAUUAUUGAUAGUAUGUUGUGUAUUUAUAACUCCUGUAUGGGGUUACAUAGCAGCUAGAAAUCCAUUUACUAAAGAAGUAUUGGAUUACGGCUGGACGCCUGUGAUAUCCGCGAUGUUAAUUAGCAGUCUUGGUGGACUAAUUUUGGACUACACCAUAUCAAGCUACAAGGGUAUAGCAGUCUUUCAAUUAGUAAUUAAUGGUGUUGGGGGAAACUUGGUCGCCGUUCAGGCCAGUAGAAUAUCGACGUCUCUACAUAAAGAUUAUCACACAGGUGUUCAAAAGACUCUGAACAUUUGCAUUAGUCCAUUCCACGCAUUUUUUGCUAAAGGAGGACAUGCGAGGACAGCUAGAGUAUUGCUGAUGAUGGUAAUACCAGGGCACUUAAUCUUUAGUUAUACCAUUAGUUACCUUCAGGCGGGGCAUACCUCGUUCACGCCUAUAUUUAUCACGAUAUAUUUGAUCGCUGCAAUGUUACAGGUAAUCCUGUUGUUAUAUAUUGCGCAAUUAAUGGUUAUUUGGAUGUGGACAAGAGGUAUGGAUCCAGACAGUUCCGCAAUACCAUAUUUAACAGCAGCAGGCGAUCUUAUAGGAACUGCGCUUCUUGGAAUUGCCUUCCAUAUUCUUUAUGCCAUAGGCGACGGCGACUCAGACGUAGGAGAUUAA